AUGGGGGAGUCCUUCACCUCUGAUGGGGGAGUCCAAGCCAAGCUGCCUGCACAGAUGUUGGGCUAUACAAGAAUAAAUUGUAUUGUAUUGUAUACAUCCUCACCUCCUCCAUCCCCUCCUCCAUCACCUCCUCCAUCACCUCCUCUAUCACCUCCUCCAUCCCCUCCUCCAUCACCUCCUCUAUCACCUCCUCCAUCACCUCCUCAUCACCUCCUCCAUCACCUCCUCAUCACCUCCUCCAUCACCUCCUCUAUCACCUCCUCCAUCACCUCCUCAUCACCUCCUCCAUCACCUCCUCCAUCACCUCCUCCAUCACCUCCUCCAUCACCUCCUCCAUCACCUCCUCUAUCACCUCCUCCAUCACCUCCUCAUCACCUCCUCCAUCACCUCCUCCAUCACCUCCUCCAUCACCUCCUCCAUCACCUCCUCAUCACCUCCUCCAUCACCUCCUCCAUCCCCUCCUCCAUCACCUCCUCAUCACCUCCUCCAUCACCUCCUCCAUCACCUCCUCCAUCACCUCCUCUAUCACCUCCUCCAUCACCUCCUCAUCACCUCCUCCAUCACCUCCUCCAUCACCUCCUCCAUCACCUCCUCAUCACCUCCUCUAUCACCUCCUCCAUCACCUUCUCCAUCACCUCCUCCAUCCCCUCCUCCAUCACCUCCUCUAUCACCUCCUCCAUCACCUCCUCAUCACCUCCUCCAUCACCUCCUCCAUCACCUCCUCCAUCACCUCCUCCAUCACCUCCUCAUCACCUCCUCCAUCACCUCCAUCCCCUCCUCCAUCACCUCCUCAUCACCUCCUCCAUCACCUCCAUCACCUCCUCCAUCACCUCCUCCAUCACCUCCUCCAUCACCUCCUCCAUCACCUCCUCCAUCACCUCCUCCAUCACCUCCUCUAUCACCUCCUCCAUCACCUCCUCAUCACCUCCUCAUCACCUCCUCCAUCACCUCCUCCAUCACCUCCUCCAUCACCUCCUCAUCACCUCCUCUAUCACCUCCUCCAUCACCUUCUCCAUCACCUCCUCCAUCCCCUCCUCCAUCACCUCCUCCAUCACCUCCUCUAUCACCUCCUCCUCAUCACCUCCUCCAUCCUCAUCACCUCCUCAUCACCUCCUCCAUCACCUCCUCCUCAUCCCUCCUCCAUCACCUCCAUCCCCUCCUCCAUCACCCUCCUCCAUCAUCACCUCCUCCAUCAUCACCUCCUCCAUCACCUCCUCCAUCACCUCCUCCAUCACCUCCUCCAUCACCUCCUCCAUCACCUCCUCCAUCACCUCCUCCCGGCAUCCGCGCGUGGCGCUAGACGGAUGCGCUCUAUGCCGAGCGGCGCGUGACGAGUCUGCUGACGUCGCCGUCUGUCUGCCUCGCUCUCGCGUCGCGCUCUGCUCGCGCACCGUCUCGCGCGUCGCGCGCGCGCUCUCUGUCUCGCGCUCGCGCGUUGCGCGCUGCUCCCUGCGCUCUCUCGCGCGCGCGCUGCUCUCUGUCGCUCUCUCUGCUCGCUGGGGCGCGCUCUUCGUUGCCUCUUCGCGCUCCUCGCUCGCUCUCUCUCUUCGCUCUCUCUUAGCUCUGCGCGUCGACUCUCGCCUCGUUCUGCGCGCGGCUGCGUCUCUCUCGCUCUCUCUCUCGCGCGUCUGCUCUGCGUCGCCUUCUCGCUGCGCGUCGGCGCGCGCGAGGCGCGCUGCUCGCUCGUCGCUCGCUCGGUCGCUCGUCUUCGCUCUCCUGCGCUCUCGCGCGUCUCUCUCUGCUCUCUUCUCUCGCUGCGCUCUUGCUCGUCACUCGCUCUCUUCGUCGCUCUGCGCUCGCUCUGCUGCGCUCUUCGCUCAUCGCGUCUCUCUCUCUGUCCGCGCUGUCUCUCUCUUCUCUCUGUCGCUGCUCGUCCUCUCGGCGCGCUCUCGCUGUGCGCUCUCUUAUCUCCUCUUCGCUCUCGCUGCUCUCUCUCUUCGCCUCGCUCCGGUCUCGGCUCUCUGCUCUCUACUCUCUCGCUCUUGCCUCGCUCUUCUCUCUACGCUCGCUCGGCUCCUUCUCGCUGCGCGCUCUCCUCUCUCUACGCGCUCGCUCUCUCUGUCUCGCUGCUUCGCGCGCUCGGCGUCUCGCGCUAGCUCUCUCUCUCUGCUCUCGCGCUCUUCUCCGCUCUCGUCUCCUCUCUUCUCUCUCUGCGUCGCGUUCCUUCUCUCGCUCUCUCCCUUCGCUCUUCUCGCUCGUGUCCGCCUCCUUCUCCCUCUUCUCGCUGCGGCCCGCCCCCCCCCCCCCCUCUUCCUCGCUACUGUCGCGCGCGCCGGUCUUGUGCUACGCUCGCGCCGUCGCGUCGUCUGCGGCUGCUCCUUCUGCUGGCGCGCGUUUGGCGCGCGGCGGCUCAUCUCUGUCUCUCGGUCUCCUGUUCUUUGGCGCUGUUCUCUGGCGUCGCCGUUUCUCUUUUGCUUUCCUUUCUUUCUUUCAUUGUUCUCUCUCCGCCUCUUCUUCUCUUCUCUCGUUCCUUCCUCCUGCUGUGGGUGGUUCGGGUUCUCUUGGUAG